CCUAUCCCUAUCUAGCUCGCUGUAUCAUGGCUGGGACGACUCAGCAUCACCACAGAGCUACGCUCAAGCAGUCGAACAAACCAUUCAAAUCCAAGCACGCAAGUAAAGGAUCGCUGAAAGCUCAGGCAAAAGGCAAGACGGCACCUUCGACUUCAAAUCAUGCCAAAGUGUCUGUCUCAUCCAAGAAAGCUCGACUCAAUGCCAACGCUCAAAAAAGAGAGCUCAAAAGGCAACACGUAGUGGAGGAUGUCAAGUUCUUCUCGACAUCCUCUGGUGGAGGUCAAGCGCCGCGGAUAGUGUCUAUCGUACCUCUGUUGCCGUCCUUGUCGCCUCGUCGCUUCUUGGCCGACUUGAUCCCUUCGCUCGGUCUACCUGAGGAUGAACAACAAUCGACCAUCGAAUCCCUUAACGAGACGGGCUCGUACCUCGUUCGCGCACCAAAGUACAAGACUUCGCUCCAGAUCAACCUCCUCCCCUCUCUCUCUGUCUUUCCUGCCCUCGACGCAGCCCUCGUCAGCGACUAUGUCGUUCUGCUGCUGAGCUCAGUGGACGAAGUCCAGCUCGAAGGUGAAGCCGUCCUGCGAUGUCUGCAGGGUCAAGCUGGAGGUGUCGAAAUGGUCGUAGCUGUUCAGGCUCCUGAGGAUAAACCUAUUGUCCCGAAUACUAAACAGCUCAUUCAUAAAUCCCUCCUGUCUUUCUCGAGAUACUUUUUCCCAUCAAUCUCCAAAAUCUAUUCAUCGGAGUCGCCCAACGAUGCGGCAUUGCUGGCACGCGCCAUUUGUGAGGCUGCACCGAAGACGGACAGGAAGGGCGACGCUCGGGGAUUCGUUGUAGCAGAGGGUAGCAACGCGGUCCACUGGACGGAGCAAGAAGGUGGUCUAGGGACAUUGAGAGUGGAAGGGACAGUCCGCGGAGGGCAUCUCAGCGCGGACCGGCUGGUGCACAUACCCGGUGUAGGAGAUUUCGAAAUUGAUUCUAUUCUAGCCGCUGGUCCUUCGUCAAUCGGUCGAGCAAGUCGGCCGCUUCAAAAUGGCAUGUCCGUGGAUAUCGCCUCGGAUCCGUUAUCCACCCCGACGGAACAAGCAGACGAUCUCACAGCGACUAACGAGAUUGAUCCUAUGGCUAAUGAUCAGACCUGGCCGACAGAGGACGAUAUCGCGGAUGCACCGCAUGAGCAAGCUCUGAGAUCGACCAAGAGGGUCCCAAAGGGAACGAGCGCUUAUCAGGCCGCAUGGAUAGUGGACGAGGAUGAUGAUGAGGAUGAAGAUGACGAUGACGAAGAUGAGGAGGAUGACGAGAUGGACAUGGAAGAUGACGAGGAUGACAAUGAUUCCGUACCGGAUCUUGUUCUUGCCGACGAUACGGAGGAAAUCACAACACAUGACGACCGAGCCCAUGAUGACCUUGACCCAGAGGAGGAGGAUAGAGAGUAUGAGGAAUACCUGAAACAAAGAGAGAAUGCGCAAGCGGAGGACAUGAUGUUCCCCGAUGAGAUCGACACUCCGCGGCACAUUCCAGCUCGAACUCGAUUCCAGAGGUAUCGAGGUUUAAAAUCCUUCCGUACGAGUCCAUGGGACCCUUACGAGAAUCUGCCGGAGGACUACGCCAGAAUCUUUCAAUUCGAAAACUUUGGAGCGACCAGCAAGCGUAUAGAAAAAGAAGCGAGACAAGGUGUAAAGCCCGGCACGCGUGUCGUGCUCGUCAUAAGGAACGUCCCGGCCGACGUCACCCGCGACUCGCCCCUCCCCUUCAUUGUCCACGGACUCUUGCAGCACGAGCACAAGCAGACUGUUUCUCACCUUGUCGUCCAACGGAACACGGAAUACUCUGAACCUGUCAAAGCCAAGGAUCCGUUGAUUCUGAGUGUCGGACCUCGUCGCUAUACCAUUCAUCCGUUGUUCUCGCAGCACGUCAAGGGCGGAGGCAAGGGCGUCAACAAUGUGCACAAGUCGGAGAAGUUUUUGCGAUCUGGCGCUGCUGCCGUUGCUACGUUCUAUGGACCAGUAUCGUUCGGCAAAGUGCCGUGUCUGCUUCUGAAGAAUGAAGGGGAGGGUAAAGUCCCGAGUCUAGUGGCAAUGGGGAGCACGCUUCCUCCGGACCCGAGGAGGAUCAUCGCCAAGCGAAUCAUCCUCACAGGUCAUCCGCUCAAGAUCCACAAAAAGACCGCUACGAUCCGAUACAUGUUUUUCAACCGGCCCGAUGUGGAGUAUUUCCAGUCUGUCGAGCUUCAUACCAAAUUCGGUCGCGUAGGUCACAUUACAGAACCACUGGGCACCCACGGAUAUUUCAAAGCACAUUUCGAUGGUCCCAUCAAUCAAAUGGACACCAUCUGUAUGAAUCUGUACAAGCGGCAGUAUCCCAAAUGGUCGGAGGACUACAAAACUCAAGCUGGAGAGGGAGACAAGGCAGACGAGAUGAUGAUCGAGGUAUGACCACACUGAGCAAAACUCUGUGAUUCGGAUGUCUCUUGUUGUACAAAUCUAAGAUGCAUGA